CUCGGCGGCGGAGGCGGCGGCGGCGGCAGCUGUUGUUCCUGCCUCUCCGCCACCUCCACCGCCGCCUGUCCUUCGGCCGGCGGCGUUGGCGGGGAGGGGGACAGUAGUUGUAGAUCCCGCCCUUGCCUCAGCGAAGAUACUAUAUUGAAUGAAGAAAGACUGAACUUUUACAGGUGCUUUAUAUAAAAGGCAUCUGUGAAGUAGUGCUACAGUUUUAAUAAUAAAAGAUUUUACAUUAUGAGGUGGGUUGAAAAUGAAGGAAUUAUGUCCUACUGAAGCUUUUCACUGUAGCAGAAAACCACUAUAUCCUUAGAGAAAAUGUAAGAGAAGCCAAGCUUGGUGGUGCACAACUAUAAUCCCAGCCCUAUGGAAGGGUGAGGCAGGAAGAUCAUGAGUUCAAAACCACCCUGGACAACUUGUGACUAACUCCCUGAUUGUUGUACAGUCUCACUAUUUGGGGAAAGUUCAUGCUGAAAACCUGAAGCAAGUACUAGAUAAAUAUGAUCAGAUUUCUCCACCAAGUCCUCAGACUGACAAAGAGAAUCCCUUUAUGUCAACCUAAUGAAGCAUUCAAAGUCAUAUGACUCUUUUCAAGAUGAACUUGAAGAUUAUAUUAAAGUGCAGAAAGCUAGAGGCUUAGAGCCAAAGACUUGUUUCAGAAAGAUGAGAGAGGACUAUUUGGAAAGCUGUGGGUAUGGGGAAGAAGUUGAUUCCAGACCCAGGUAUAGAAAGUUUGAUCAAAGACUCCCAUCUGGAACCGUCCAGACCUACCCAAGAUCACAUAAUAUUUCACAGACAGAAAACCGGUUACCUCAGUGGUUCCCAGAUUAUGACAACAGGCCAAGACUAGAGUCUCUGAGCUACUGUCAGUUCCCCAGGGACUGUUUCUCAGAAAAACCAGCACCCCUGAACCUCAGUCAGCAAGAAUAUAAUCAUGGUUCAGCCAAUGUAGAAUCUAGAAGUCCUGAGCACCUCUCCUUGGGAUCCAAGACUGGUACCCAUCAAGCCAGUCAUCAGAAGAGAAGAAGGCACUCAGAGGAAGGCAAAGAAAAACCAAAGGAGGAACGACCCAAGCACAAAAGGAAAAGAAGUCCUGAGGAAGUGGAUUUAGAAAAACAUGAGAGUAUCCAAAGAAGGAAAACAGAGGUAGAAACUGAAACUGCCCAGGUCAGCACAGAAAAGCUUAAGCAUCGGAAAGAGAAAAAAAGCCGAGAUGUAGCCUCUCAGAGGGAAGACCACCGUAAGCGUAAAAAAGAGAAAAAGGAGCAAGGCAAAGAAAGAACAGAGGAAGAAAUGCUUUGGGACCAGUCCAUCCUUGGAUUUUGAACCUCUUUAGUUGGUUCUCCUGAGGUUAAAUUGAAAAAAAUAGCUAAGGAGCUUGGUUUUAUGAUACUCAUGUUCACAUCACUUACAUGAACAGGUACUUUCAUUCUCACAAAGGCCAGGUGAACGUAAAGUAUUUCAGCAUGCUUGCUCUCAAAUGUGGGAAUUCCUUUUCCUCAUUUUCUGAAAGGAUUAUUACAUUUUUCUUACAUUUAAUAUAAUUUCCCUCUAGGAGAGUGGCUCUGGUUUAUUCAGAUUGCCAUGAUGGUGGGAUUAUUUUUCCUUGGGAAAUAAUUUAUUUUUAAUUGGAGGAUUAAUAGGCUUUGCAGAAUCUAUUUCCUGAUUAGAUUUGUUUUAGCUUUGAGUUGGGUAUUUUUAUGUUCACUGGUUUUUUUUCUAUAAAGCAAUUCAGAUUUUUUUUCCCCUUGUUAACUUGCAGUAUAUUUUCUAGAUUGGAAAGUGGAAAAUGAAUACAUUGUAAUAAUGAUAAGCUUAUGUUACAUAUAGUUUUAAAAGUUUCAAAAAGUCUUGAUACAAAAUCAGUUUAUAUUCUGCAGAAGUUUAUAAUAAAGUGUUUUAUUAAUAAUAAAA